UAAUACGUACCCGCUUUUACGUUCGCCAAAAUGGCGUAUACGCAAAUAAAUGAUUUCAACGUGUAACUUAAAGAAGUUUAAAAGAAAAUGAUAAAGACAAGACUCGAAGCUUACAGGCGUAAAAAACAUAGAGAAGAAAUGAUAGAAUCGGUUAAAAGUUCGAUAAAAGGUAUUUUAUCGUGGAAUGAAAAUUCUAAUGUAAAUUUAAGACUGUCUAACGACCUACCGAACGAAGAAACGGAAAAGUUAUGCCAGCCUGUUGAAACCACAAACCAAAAAAUAAUAUCUAAAGAAAAAAUAGGGGAUUUAGAGAGUGCAGAUGAUUUAGAUAGUUUGGAAGAUGAAACGGAAGAUAAUGCUCAGUGUCAUUUAUUAUCUAAGUUAAUAUAUUUUUUAUAUUUUUCCCUAUGGAUUGUUUUGUAUAUUAUUGCAGUACAGAUUGAAUUUGGAGCUGUUUAUUUUGUGAUAUCUGCGUUAAUAUUAAUUUGUUUAAAUACGAGGUCGAGACCUAGAAAAAAAGGUGAACUCAGUGCUUAUUCUGUUUUUAAUCCAAAUUGCGAAGCUAUUGAAGGAACCCUCGAUGCUUCCCAAUUUGAAAGGGAAAUUAGAUACGGUGCAUCCAGCAUGCAUUGAUACAAAGAUACGAGUUUACAGUACAUCGUUUUGUGAUAGCAGUCUGCAUUCAGUGGUAAUAUUUUCCCAUUACCACAGUCUAUUGAAAU